UAUCUAAAUAAUCUGAUUUUCGCCAGAUGAGUCCAAGGUUAACUUCACCGAUUUACGAUAAUAGCCUGCCUGCCCUACAGUAGGCCAUUCAGACUCAUUUAUGAAACUGAUCGAUAUUGAUUGCAUGGAUAUUUGUGUUAUAAAAUGUCACGUCAAUUUGAAGGAGUUUGCGGAAUUAAAUGAUGAUUCCGAAUGAGAUGUCAUCUGUCAUGGACUGAGCGCGGGUGCAGCUGGCUGCAUGGGCAGAGGAUCCCUGUUGCUAUGGAGACCUAGGGUAAACUACAGAGACAGGAGAGAGAAGAAGAGGAGGAGAGAGGUCCAAAGAGGAAGAAAGGACUGAGGGAAGAGAAGGAGAGUCAUAGAGAGUCUCAGGAUGGGUUAUGACCUGGAGAGGUUUGUGGGGUACGUGAACGAGGGGCUUCUGUGCUGUGUGUGUCGGGAUGUGUUGGAGCGCCCCCUCCAGGCCCCUUGUGAACAUGCCUACUGCGACGCCUGCAUCAGCUCCUGGCUCAUACACCACCACUCCUGCCCUGAGGACAGACUUCCACUGGACAUCAGCACUCUGAGACCACUGCACAGGUACAUGCGUAAUGACCUGUCUAGGCUCCAGAUCCGUUGUGUUAACUCUGGCCAGGGCUGUGAUGCCGUCUGCUGCCUGGAGACACUUCACACACACGAGGACCAGUGUCCAUUCACCUUCAUAUCCUGCUCCUCCACAGGUUGUCCGGUGCAGGUGGAGAGGAGGGGUCUAGAGUCUCACCUGUUAGAGUGUGAGUUCCGCAGCAGGGCGUGUCCUAGCGGCUGUGGCCACACCCUCCUCUCUGUAGACCAAUCACAGCACAACUGUGUUGCGGAGCUACGAACAGAAUUGGAGCUGCUCAGGGCAGAGAUGUUGGAUAAGGUGGAGGAGGUGAGGCGUGAGAUGGAGUCGAGGCUGGACUCUCAGAGGAGACACAUGGUGCAGAAAGAGUCUCUGCUGAAGAGCGAGGUGGAGGACCUCAAGGGCCAGGUGUCGAGGGUGAUGUGUGAUGUGCGGGCUCUCUUGGGGGCAGAGCGCCUGCGGAGACAGGAGCUGGCAGAAGCGGAUCUAGAGAAGAGGGAGCUACUGGAGAUGCUCCGGAGCCUGCAGCCAUGCAGGGGCCAGCGGAACAGAGACGAGCCAAUCAGAGGACUGCAUCAAGAAGAUGGGACAAUUAGGAGCCAGCUUCAAGUAGAACACCCAACCAGGGGCUUGCUGAGGGCAGGGCCAACACAGGCUUCUACCCAAUCACUACCCUCGGCUUUGCCUAUUCCAGCCUUAUACCCGCCUACCUCCCCACAGCCAGGGGAGGGGUCACGCAUGGCCCGCCCCCGCAGCCUUACCCUCGACUGCAUCAAGAGCAGAGAGGUCACCGUCAUCUGAGGGGCCAUUCCUAAUGUUACUGGGUUAUGUUCAGUAGGCACAAAUGAGAGAAAAUGCUUUAACUUCCUCAAUUCCUUCUUCAUUUAACAGUCUCAAAACAUUUUUAUCUGGUGUGGCAUCCCCUGAACGCACCCUUGAUGAUUGGCAGAUACCUGUGACAUUUCUUCAACUCAGAGAAAACCAGCCUGCUGAGAUCCUAAAUAAAGUCUGCUGAAACACCUCUGAUCUCUGGUCCUCUUAAGGUACAAUAGUC